CUGUUUAGAUCUACUUUCAUUUUACAAUGGUGACUGAUCGACAUUCCGGAGUUACCACGCAGCAGUACGGUCUUAUCUUCGUCGAAUGGAUUUUCUUUUGUCGUUUACUAUUUAUAGACGGAUGUACACUGUAAACAUUAAACUUCAACCUAAACCUCGACCAUCCAGAACUCACGAACUGUGACGAAGUCGCAGUUAAAAACAUUCAUGGAGGAUAAACAAGAAGAAACCGUCAAAAACGAAGCUGAUGCAUGCGAAGCAGUGGACGGAAGUGCCUUUGAUAAUAAUUGGCGUUACGUUGCUUCAAUGGUUUCCAUUAUUUUCUUUCUGGUGUCGUUUGAUGCAGACGUUAUUUUGGCUUAUGAGUACCACAGAAGACAGAUGCAUCACGCGUUUAAUGCUACAGCAGCCGUAUUGGUGACUUCCGGUGUAGUGAUAGGAUGCCUGAGCACAGCGUGGUCGAUUCUGAAUGAAAGUUGGACAAGAUAUCGUCCUCUGUAUUUCGUGUGCCUUCUGACCAGAUUUCCGAUUGCAGGAUUCGCAAGAGAUAUAGAUAUAGUGAGUAGAUGGAUCAGCAGGAGAUUUCACACAGAACAACACACAUUUGAACAAGUGUAUAGUGAUGCCAGAAGCAUACGUCUGUACGAUGUACUGAUAGGAAGCACUCCACAAUUUAUACUCCAGACUUCCUACUACAUUGCAGACUCGUCUCAGACCGAUUUGUACCUGGCCUUUUUACGGAGAGUGUCUGCAAUGUCUUCCUAUGGUGUCAUCAUGUGGUCACUGACAGUUUACAUACUAUCAUCGUAUCAAAAACCAGACCCCUCCAAGGAAGACAGGAAAUCCAGCAUCAUGGGAAUAAUACUGGACUUUUUCGCGCGCAAAACAGCUGUUGCCGUGUUCGUCUCCAGUCACGUGGUGUUCGCAUUGACCUAUUACCUCUUCAGUAUUUCCACUACUGUGUAGCUGAUAUUGAAUAUUUGUUUAAUAAAUGAUCGUCUUAUGCUUUGGUACAGUCAACAGAUGUUUGUUUGCCACGAUUGUUUGGACAGUUUUAUUUAUAUAUUUUUACAUUCCACAAUUGUACAAAUGCAUAGUUGUCAUAGAUACUGGUACAGAACUACAGAUAGUUGUAUGUGUCAUUUCGUUACGUAGCUGUCAACUUGUCAUACAUACUGGUAGAGAGAGUUUUACAAUAUGUGUUAUACAUUUUUUUACGUGUACAUUCCACAAAUGUAUACCUGUCAUGCUUGUAACAAGAAUAUUCUGGGUUUUUUUUACAUGCAACAAAUGUAUACUUGCCAUGUUGUGUAGAGAAUAUGAUGUUUAGUUACAUUCUGUAAGUAUAUAGCCGCCAUGCUUUUAGAGGGAGCUUUACAAUGAGUGCCUUAUGUUUUGUUGCCAUGCUUCUUUAGAGAAUAUUUUGUUUUAUUUUUUUACAUUCAACAAAUUUGUAUAUGACUUACUGGUAGAAAAAGUUUCUACACCACAAAUAAAAAAUCCAUUUGAUUUUCCAUUUGGAUAAUGUUAUGAUUA